AUGCCGGAAGAGCAGGAGGGGGAAUGCGGCGGGUCCAUUUGCAAUAUCAGCCCAUGUGGUGAUUUUAAAGGCAUACAAGCUUGUGGAAGUGAUGAUGCAAUACUCCAGGUGUGCUCUGUUGACCUCCUUAAAGACAGAAAAGGGAAAAAUCGACUGGAGCAUCACACAGAUUGUUAUCAGAGUGAUCACCUUAUCAUCCGCAGAGGACAGUGUUUUCAGAUGUGGAUUGAGCUGAACCGAGCUUUUAUUCUAAACCGAGACAAACUUCACCUGGAGCUGAAACUUGGUCACAUCCCAUCCAUCCGGGACGGCACUUACGUGAUCGUUCCAUUAGUGGAAGAAUUCAAGAAAGACUGCUGGGGGGCAAAGAUUGUGGAACAUGGACAAAACCGAAUCAAACUGUGUGUGCACUCUGUUCCGACUGCUUGCGUUGGACGAUACCAGCUCAGUGUCGUGACACACUGUCCAGAAGGAAGAUUCACUUUACCAUAUGUUCCUGAAAAUGAUAUUUACAUGCUGUUCAACCCCUGGUGUAAAGAUGACUGUGUGUACCUGAGUGAUGACUCAGAGAGAGCCGAGUAUGUGCUGAAUGACAUGGGCAGAAUCUACUAUGGAACUAAGCAGCAGAUUGGCUGCAGAACAUGGAACUUUGGUCAAUUUGAGGAAGGAAUCUUGUCUGCCUGUAUGUAUGUGUUGGAGAAGAGCUGUACACCUUGCUCAGGAUGGGGAAACCCCAUUAACAUUUCCAGAGUCGUGUCUGACAUGGUUAUUGCCAACAAAGACUGUGGUGUUCUGGUGGGUAACUGGUCAAACUGCUAUGGAGAUGGAACUGCUCCGACGUCCUGGUGCAGCAGCAGUGCCAUCCUGAAACAAAACUACAAAUGUGGAGGAAUACCUGUUAAAUAUGGACAGAGCUCGGCCUUUGCUGGAGUCACCAACACACUGUUGAGGUGUUUGGGUAUUCCUGCUCGUCCGGUCUCAAACUUCUGUUCUGCUCAUGACACUGAUGUUUGUUUGACAACUGACGUCUUUUUGGAUGAAAAAUUUCAGCUUAUUGAUCAUAUGAACUGUAAUUCAAUCUGGAACUACCACGUGUGGAAUGAGGCCUGGAUGACUCGACCUGAUCUGCCGUCUGGUUUCGGAGGUUGGCAGGUGGUUGAUUCCACUCCUCAACUGACCAGCCAGGGCUUCUUCCGCUGCGGCCCAACCUCUGUUGCUGCGAUCCGCAGCGGACAAGUCUUCCUGAAGCACGAUGUACCAUUUGUUUUUGCUGAAGUGAACAACGAUAGAGUCUACUGGCAGCAGAGAUAUGAUGGUACUUUUGGUGUUGUUCAUGUUGAAAAAAAUGCAGUUGGUCACUGCAUCAGCACAAAAGCUGUCGGCUCAGACAAACGCUUUGAUAUCACACACCUCUACAAACAUCCACGAGGUACGGAGGAAGACCGCAUUGCUUUAGAAACAGCAAUUCGUCAUGUCUCCAAGCAGUGUACCUACCCAUUGCCCUGUGCUGAGGAUGUGACUGUUAAAGUCACAAUGCAGGGUGAUGGACCAUGCGUGGGCAAGAAUGCUAUGCUUUCCAUCGUUUUGAAGAAUAAAUGCAACUCACCUCUUACCGUCACCCUGUACUGUCAAGUGGCAGCCACAUACUACACGGGAGUCCAUAAUGCCUUAGUGAGGAAGAGCCAAAUGAACAUUGAGAUGAAGGCAUGUGAGGGUAAGUCAGCCCUGUACUGUAAGAGAAAGAUUGCAACUGUUAUUAAAGUAUACUUCAGGCUGCGCACACCAGAUCUGCUUAUUUCUCCAGUAUGUGAUGCUGUUGUGGGCCAUGAAGUGCCAGUAAAAAUCACAUUCCAGAAUCCGCUUUCUUGCAGUCUAAAGAAUGUGAUAUUCCGUAUUGAGGGUCUGGGACUGAAUCAUGCCAGAAUUGUUAAAUAUGGUGAUAUUGCAGGCCUGGCCAAAGUGAACCUUACAGAGACAUUUGUUCCAGUGCGGCAUGGCACACAUAAAAUUCUGGCAUCACUUGACUGUUCCCAACUUAAUCAAGUACAUGGAGUUGCCAACAUUACUGUUAAACAGUGA